AUGAACUCUUCCGAUGCUACUGCUGCCUCCCAAGUCGACCCCGAAAACAAUGGAACCGUAGUAAAUGUCGUCUCAUGGUUUCUCCUUAUCACGAGCUCUCUCACUAUUCUUGUCCGACUUGUGAUGAAAUGGGUACUAUUGAAAAAGUUUCACGCCGAUGAUGGGUUGAUCCUAGUGUCGCAAGUUUUUAGUAUCUCGCAAACGGUUGUAACGUCUAUGGAAGUUACGAACGGCCUAGGAUCACAUCUCAACACUCUGAGCAUCGACCAUGUCAAUGCUUUCCAGAAGUCAUUCUAUGCAGCAAAUGUACUCGCGGUCGCAAGUCAAGCGAUGUCAAAAUUGUCUCUAGUUUUCUAUAUCAGAGUACUCUCCCCUAUUACGCUCCACAGAAUGUUCUGUUGGGUACUGAUGGGGGCCAUACUACUUUGGAUGUUGACUUCAGUCAUAGUGUUGCUAUUUCAGUGUGAUAGUCCAAGAUUUUGGGACUUCCUAACCAACGGAUUGUUGCCCGUGACGGUGGUAUGGAAACUACAGGCUCGGUUCAAACGCAAAUUAGUUGUCAUUACAUGCUUCACUACUCGGAUUCUAACGAUCGCCGCCGUUGGCUGGCAGAUUUACGAGUCCCAACAACUACCCACCUACGAAGACGCAACGUAUACGUACUGGUCCUUCGUUCUAGCAAUGGUAUUAGCCCAGAACCUAGGCGUUAUGACAGCCUCUGUCCCUUAUCUGAAGCCAUUCCUCGACAGCCUGGAGUCAGGCUUGAUACGAAGCGACGAUAUCAGGCGACGCGCACAUAUUCCAAAAUCAACUUCGGGUUCUGGUCAAAAGCAAACAGAUAGUUCAUUCUCGUCAAACCCUCCCAGGUCAACUCGCGAUGUGACAGCACAUGAGUUACAAGACCUUAGGUAUGACAAUUCUAAAGCUACCGUGUCGAUAACUGCUGGGGGAUCAGGGACAUCGGCCGAUUGGGAAAGUGCAAGUCAUUCUAGCGAGGCGAAGCUCAUUAAACAAGUCAAAACAUGGGGGAUCACCAAAUCUGUCGCUCCAGGGGGUGGGGUUUGACCAGCAGCGAAUAACAGCCAAUUCGAAGUUGAAUGUGCAUAACACAUCCAAUAUUUUUUAAUGAUAUAUAUUCUAAUUGAUUCCAAGCGAGUUUGACAAGUUGA